AGCCAGGGGCCCGAGCUAGUCCAGUACGGGACAGCACGCCUCCUGCUGCACGCUCCACGAGGUACACAAGGCCUAGAUUGCUACUACGUCUAGUACUAUCAUUCUGACUUGGUCUUUUGUAACAAGUUUUACGUGUCCGCGUGUUACCGUGCUCGUCUGUCAAAUAAAGUUUGAUACUGUUUUGUUUUUGUUUUAUAAAUUCGGGGGCAUUAUCAUAAAGACAACUGGCUAAAAUAUUGUGACAGUGAUUUUUGAUAAUUAUAAAAAAAAAGGGUCCUAGUAUUUUUUUUUUGGUGUUUAAAAUUUGCGAACUCAGACUGAUCACGCUUCGCGGACUGUGACUGGUACUCGACCGUGUGCCCAAGACCAAACCAAAUCAGCUGGUGCGCAUCCGAGGGUACACAUCCGACGGAGCGCAAAAAUACAUCCAUUUUUCACCCCACGCGAGUGCAUUCAUUAAUUUUACAUCAUUGUUAUUUAAUAGUAUUUUGAUUUAUUUAUUAUUUUUAUUGAGUUUAUUUAUAUUUAUCAAAUUCAUGUCUUGAAAUAGAAGAAAAAAUUAAAUUGUGGAACUACAAGUGCUGUGAUUACUCCAGAUAUACCAGUGUUUGUUUUAUUUAUUAUUUUUUUAAAGACUUUUUCUUUUGUUAAAUAUUUAUAGUUGUCAAUUGAAUCAUUGGCUAUGAUUGGAGACAGUGUGUGACUACAAUGAAACUUUGUUCAAGUGGUGUUUAUAAGUAAACCAGUGGAAUCAUCAUUGAGAGACUUGAAUGCACGAACAGAAGAGAAUAUAUUAAAUCAUAAAAGUGUCAUCAACGUUAAUCUUCUGACUGGAUUAAGGAUACUUUAUUUCUUCAUUUUAAAAAAGAAUUGAAUAAAACAAAUCCGUGCUAUGAUCAGCAUGGAAUUACCCUCACACACAACGCAACACGGGACACUACAUCUCGGAGUUGGCGUUGGUGUUAAUCCAGGUGAUCCAACUGGUUCAUUAGCUGUUUUACAUUCUCAUCAUCAAGAAAAUAUUGGUAUGCAGCAUCAUGGUCACAAUGGCACAACUGGAGGUAUGCAUGAGGAGACAGAGAAAAAACAUGAUGGCCAUGGUAUGAAUCAAGACGGUCAUGGUGGUGUCAAUCAGUUGGGUGGAGUAUUUGUGAAUGGAAGACCACUACCGGAUGUUGUGAGACAGAGAAUUGUUGAGCUUGCACACAGUGGUGUACGACCGUGUGACAUUUCAAGACAGCUCAGGGUAUCUCACGGCUGUGUAUCCAAGAUACUGUCGAGAUAUUAUGAGACUGGAAGUUUUAAGGCUGGUGUGAUAGGUGGAUCAAAGCCAAAAGUAGCAACACCACCAGUUGUUGAUGCAAUUGCUAAUUAUAAAAGGGACAAUCCAACAAUGUUUGCAUGGGAAAUUAGAGACAGGUUGCUUGCUGAAGGUAUUUGCUCACAGGACAAUGUGCCAUCAGUAUCAUCAAUUAAUCGAAUUGUAAGAAAUAAAGCAGCAGAAAAAGCAAAACAUGCACAUCAACAACAACAAGCACAACAACAGGGUCAACAACAAGGUCAACAAGGUAAUAAUGGUUCCGUAUCAGUGAUAGCACAUGCACCAGCAACAGCAGGUGGACAUCCAGUUACAUCAACAGCACCAAAUGCAUAUAGUAUCAGUGGUAUUCUUGGUAUUCCAGCACAUCAUCAAGAUCCAAAUGGCAAUAACAUUAAACGUAAACGUACUGAUGAUGAUGAUAAUCGUGAUCUUAGUGAUCAUGCUGAAGAUGAUUUAAAAAGACAGAGAAAUAAUUACAAUGGGGAUCAACUUUAUUCAAAUCUUUGGUCGACUAAAUGGAACAUUAAGGAUGAGCACAAGCUGCUGAAUGAGUUGGAUGGUGGAGGUGGUGGUGGUGGUGGUACCGGAAAUAAUGGAACAACGGGUGGAGGUGGUGCUGGUAAUGGUGGUAAUGGUGGUACUGGAAAUACUGGAUAUUAUGAGCACAGUGGAUUCCCGGGUAAUACAAUUCCCACAUCGGCUGAGCUCUAUGACUCCCUGGGCACCAUAAGUACCAUGACGCAAGCGCAAACACCACACCUUUAUACACCACCUAUAGGGGGUACCAUAGGUGGAACACUUACACCACUUGCACCACUAACGAUGCAAGAAUUAAAACUUAGCCAAACAUUAGACGGAUCUAAUAUGUCACCAUAUCACACAACUGAAUCCGGUAACGUCUCAUAUGUUGGAGUUGGUGGUGAACAAAGUCCCCCAGUAUCACAUCAUAAUGAUGGUAAUGUUACCCCAGCAACACCAAAUACACCUGGUGGUGAUCAAGGAUUGACUGUACUACAAUCACCAGUUUCACAAUCUCAGGUUACCUCAAUACCACCAUAUUCAACAAUGCUACCAAGCUUUGGACAUUAUUCUACAGGAGGUGGUGAUUAUUCAUACAGUGCAGCUUACUCGCAAUAUUCAAGUGCACCGUACAGUGGUUAUGGAUAUGGAGCAGCGACAAGCGGGUUGCUCAAUUCAACUUACUACUAUUGCAACGGGGAAACGCUGGCGUCUUCCCAUAAUAAUUCCCAGCAGGGGGGAUGCAACAAUAUUGGUCUGGACAGUAGUGCGGAUGUUGCAAGUCGUUCACCAUUGGCUGCAACAAGAGCAAAUUCUAGUGGAGCAAGUGCUGCAUCACCAACCGGAAGUGCCUGCACAAAACUGGAUCAUAUUUCUACCCCGACGGAUCUGUACCUGGCUUGAUUUGCGUAAUAACAACGCAAUUGUUCGUACGUCGAUAAUUAAUUUAAAGAAAUAUAAAUAUUAAAAAAAAAGAAAAAAUAAUUAUAAUAAUAUUUAAAAAUUAAAUUAAAAAAAAUUAUAUUUCUUUUUUGCGACGUAAACGAACGCCAUAUCACGAAAAAAAAAAACCAAUUGAAAUUAUUAAGUACUGAUCUCACUCGAGAGACUAAAAACACAAAUGUUCCAUCAAUGCUAUUUUUCCAUUUUCUUAUCCCCAUUAUCAUUGUCAUCAUCAUCAUUAUCAUCAUUAUUUUUUUUUUCGUUUUUAUAUAAGAUAUAUAAAAACCUAUACAAAUUCACACAUGCAACAAUUUUAUCAGCACCCAUGCUCGCCCGUAGAUAGUUUAAUUUAUAAAUCUCGAUUAGCAUAAUUUUAUUUUUUCUUUUUUUUCUUUUCAACAACAGCCUGUCACAUACUUGCGUGUGUAUAUUGCAAUAAUUUUUUUUUGCAAAUAAAAAAUACGAGUAAUAAUAAUAAUGAUAAAAUAAAUUACGUUAUACGAUGCGAUCUUUUUUCCAUUUAGCCUUCGAAUUAUUUUCGUAUAGUAUAAAAGACAUAUGCAAUUUUUGUUAUUUAUUUAUUUAUAUUACUACUAUUAUUAUUAUCAUUUUAUAUUAUUUUUUUUUUUUUGUAAUAACUGUGCAUGGGCACGCCUAUCAUCCUGAGGAGAACGUCAACUAAACUGGCGCAAUAAAUAUUUACACAUGAGGUUUUUCAUUGCGUGGGUUGUCGUAAUUUAACGAGAAUUCAUUAAAAUCAUAAAAAUAAUACAUAAGUCAGAUGACAAAAUUAUUUUCUCAGGCAUAUUUAAAUAAAAAAUAAAAAAAACAUUAUUUUUCCACCCUCAUACCUCAUCAAUUUUUUAUUUCUAUUAUUUGUUUUUUUUUUUUUUUUAAUUUCAAUAAUUCAUGAACUGGUUAUUAAAUGUAGAUUUAAAAUAAAAAAUGAGAUUUAAUAAGAAAAAAAAAUUUUAAAUAAUUAAAUAAAUAACAAAUGUUGAAUGAAUUUAUAAAUGCCGAGUCCACUUUUAUCAAUUUACGAUCGCUAAUAACUAAGAAUAUUAUAUAUAUUUUUUGUAGAAAAGAAAAUUAAAAAUUUAAAAAAAAAAAACCAAAGACCACUCGCAGGAUUAUAACUGAUGAAAGAGAAAAAAGAAAAAAAUUAUAAAUAAUAAUAAUAAUAAAAGAUUAAUACGAAUGAAAAUAAAAUAAAAUUAAUUAUGAAAAUUGUGGCGGCUUUUAAUCGAUAUAUAUAGAUUAAUAGGGUAUAAAUAAUUAUUAGAAAAUAUUUAAAAAAUUGUAAAUAAAUGCACGUUUUAUUUAAGCUAAUAUAAAAAAAAUAUGUAAAAUUUGGUUGAAUAUAAUGACAAUGAUGUUUUUUGUUUAGCAAUAGAAAUGGAUCUUUAAUUAAUGUGAUUUUUUUUUUGUUAAAAAUUAAUUGUAUAAAUUUAAAAAAAAAAUUCAAACGCCAAUUAAAUUGAUGCGUAUAAUCAAUCAAGAUCACCAAAUUAAAAAAAAAAAUCUAUCUUCGUUUAUUUUAAUUAUUAUAGCAUUUGUGUAUAAUUAAUUAAAAAAAAAAUAAUAUUAUUUAAAGAAAAUAAAUAAAUUACGUAUAUUAAUAAGAAAGAAAUGUGAAGAAAGAAAAAUAAAAUUUUCGUAGACUUUAAUUAAUUAUAAAUGAUAUUUAAAAUUUAAUAUAUUAGUAGUGUCCUGAUGUUGAUGGACAAAAUAAAUAAUAAUACUGUAACAGAAAAAAAAAAAAGACAAAAAAAUGAAAAAAAAAAAAUCAAGAUGCAGUGUGAAAGUGGAAUGCAAGUAUGACUGCGUAAUUCAAUUUUUUUUAUCUAUGAGGCUGCGUUUUUUUGUUUGUAUAAACAUUUAUUAGGUGAUUAUGAGAUUUUUUUUUUUUAAAACUGAAAGGGACUUGAUAAAUUUAUAAUUAGUCUUACUGGUCGUAUCAAUGACAAUUUUGUUUUUUUUUUUAUUUUUAUUAAUUUAUCUAUAAAUAUAUUUCCCAGCACCGAUUGAAUAAUUAUGUCCAAAGUUCAAUACGAUUAUAUUAUCACAAUAUUAAUUUGCAUUUUGACAUUGUUAAUUACUUAUUAGUUACAUUCACGAGGAUAAAAAAGAAAAUACAAUUAUGUUUAGAAAAAUUAGCCGUCAGUGAUGAUAAUAAUGACGAUAAUAAUUAAACAAAAUAAAAAAUUAUCAAGUCGUUUGUAAUUUCUAAUAUUUAAUUACAAUUAUUAUCUAUGAAUUUCACUUAAUAUCACAAUUUAAAUAUUAAUUAUCUUUUUUGUCAUUUAUUUAAUGCCUUUUUAUUAUUUAUUAAUUCGAAACAAUAACAUAUGUGUAAUAAGUUUUGCCAAAGAACUUCUAAAAAAAAAAAGGGGAAAAAAAAUAAAAAGCAAAUGAAAAAAUAUCAUCG